GUUAUAAGAAAAAAUUCUAAUGCGCUUUUCGUUGGUGCUUCUUUUGGGCGUACUCGCCUGCCUCCUGCUUGCCCAGCAGGGAUACGGUGCUAGCUCUUCGGAUAGUUCCUCAGAUAGCUCCUCAGAUAGCUCCUCGGACAGCUCCACAGACUCUUCCACUGCCGCGUCCUCCUCGUCUGAUACCACGGCAGCCUCAUCCGAUACAGACUCCACAACUACAACCACAGCCUCGUCCUCGUCCUCAUCCUCCAGCGCCGCUGCAAAGCGAAGGGCCGCCGCCCGUCGUCGCCGAAGAUUGGCCCGAGAGCGCCGUAAGCGUCAGCAGCGCCGAAAACGUCGCCGCCAGCAGCAGCGCAGAAGGCGCCAGCAAAGACGGCGCAGGAACCGUAGGGGUUAGGAUCGUUUACAUAGAGUACAAAGUUUCCAAUGUUCUCAAUUACCCCUCGGACUGUAUACUAAAUUCAAAAAGUUUGUUGUAUAAAAAUGUGAGACACAAAAACCAAAAACAUAAAAAACGGCUAGUUGACCCACUGACGAUACCCAGUACUCAUGUCUAUCCUAUCGAACCUUUUCUCUUACAAAGGAUGUUUUUAAUUAAUGUAACCUUUCAAGGUCUAAAAUCUAGAUCGUCAAAAUAAAAUGUUCUUGCAUA